GCGAUUCGCUCCGGGAGAACGCCCGUGACCUUGAGAGACCGACUUCCACCACGGACAGGUCAAAGCGACAUAUCGUCUUCCUGCGAAGAGUGCUGUGCGCUCUUCAGGAGAUUGUCCGAUGAAUCUCUCCUGCUUCCUCCACACAUCGUCAGCACCUUGAGUCGUGGCGAUGGCGGUCCCUGCCACUGCCACUUCAGCUCUUUUCCAAUCCGCAUUCGUUCGAUUGGAUGGAGGCCCUCAAAGAUUUGUCAGGUUCCAGAGCGCGGGUCUUCGAUCUAAUGUGGGAUUCACAUCUCAGAAGGGUUCUCAGUAUCGUGGAGUCAAGAGGAGUUCUGCUUUCUUUCCGUGUUUGAAGGCCCAAGCAUCGCAGUCUGCCGCGAGCUCAACUCCUUUAGGGCCUGUAAUCGUUAUCGACAAUUAUGACAGCUUCACUUACAAUCUCUGUCAGUAUUUGGGAGAUUUGGGGUGUAACUAUCAAGUCUACCGAAACGAUGAAAUCUCCAUUGAAGAGCUCAAAGAGAAGAACCCAAGGGGCAUUCUGAUCUCUCCAGGACCCGGUACCCCUCAGGACUCGGGAAUUGCUCUUCAAUCAAUAUUAGAACUUGGUGCCGAUGUUCCUAUAUUUGGAGUAUGUAUGGGGCUCCAGUGCAUGGGUGAGGCAUAUGGAGGCAAAAUAGUGCGAGCUCCGAACGGAGUUGUCCACGGAAAAAGUUCGCCUAUUUUCUACGAUGAGAAAGGGGAAGAUGGACUGCUUGGUGGACUUUCCAACCCUUUUGAGGCUGCCAGAUAUCACAGUCUCGUGAUAGAGAAGGCAAGUUUUCCUUCUGACGAACUAGAGGUGACUGCAUGGACGGAUGAUGGGCUCAUUAUGGGUAUUAGGCAUCGCAAAUACAGACAUGUACAGGGUGUACAAUUUCAUCCUGAGAGUAUAAUUACUCCGGAGGGAAAGAAAAUUGUCGCCAAUUUCUUGAGUAUCAUUGCUAAAAAAUGGUCGGGAGAGGGGUUAUUGGAAGCUGUCCCAGCAUAGUAAACUCUUCUUCGGACAUAUUACACAUGCUUGGACACGUUUGAUGCAUGCAGAGUAAAUGCAGAUUUUAGGUACUGAUAUAAGGUCCUAUCAUAGGUUUUAGGCAUGUCCGUUACUUCUAAGGUGUCCUAUCAUCUGCAGGAUAGAGUAUGAUACAAGAGCUUUCCUUAGCAUUGUAAUUCAAGAUUUCCAUUAGGGUAAUCGAUUUAUUGUGACUCAAGUACUCUAGUGUGGUCCACUGGCCAAGUGAUAUACUUGCUGGAGGUAUAUAUCUCCAGGUCAGCACUAAUACUGAAAUUUUUACGAAAUGCUUGCUGUGU